AUGUCACGGAGAUACGAUUCCCGGGUAACUAACAGCAAGCAGACGACCAUCUUCUCUCCCGAAGGCCGCCUCUACCAGGUCGAAUACGCCCUCGAAGCCAUCUCGCACGCCGGAACCGCACUAGGCAUAUUAGCGCAGGAUGGCAUUGUUCUCGCCGCCGAGAGGAAGGUCACCAGCAAGCUAUUGGAGCAGGACACAUCCGCCGAGAAGCUGUACAUCCUGAACGACAACAUGAUCUGCGCCGUAGCAGGUAUGACGGCCGAUGCCAACAUCCUCAUCAACUACGCCCGCCAAGCCGCUCAGCGCUACCUCCUCACAUACAACGAAGACAUUCCCUGCGAGCAGCUCGUGCGCCGUCUAUGCGAUCUCAAGCAGGGCUACACGCAGCACGGUGGGCUCCGUCCAUUCGGAGUGUCCUUCAUCUACGCCGGUUGGGACCCCCAGCGCCAGUUCCAGCUGUAUCAGAGCAACCCGAGUGGCAACUACGGCGGCUGGAAGGCGACGAGCGUCGGCGCGAACAACGCAUCCGCACAGAGCUUGUUGAAGCAGGACUACAAGGAGGAGUGCGACCUGAAGGAGGCAUGCGGCUUGGCGGUCAAGGUGCUCAGCAAGACCAUGGACUCGACCAAGCUCAGCAGUGAGAAGAUUGAAUUCGCGACAGUGGGAAAGACCAAGGCGGGCAAGAUCUACCACCACCUCUGGAGCGCCGAUGAGAUCGAUGCUCUGUUGAAGGAGCACGGCCUUGCGAAGCCCGAGGACACCGAGAUGUCCGAGCAAUGA